CCGCAAAAUUUGAACUGUUGAAAAAGGAAGAUACAGGAUUACGAUCAUGGCUCAACUUAAAUAUUAUAAGAGAACUGCCAUUGUCUAUAAAAAAUUACAAAAAGAGAUUUAAUGAAACUUUACCAUCCAUUGCAAGUUUGGCAGUGACUAAAAUAUACUCUAACCUUUCUUUAGCAACGAGCGCCAGUAGUCAACCAACCUUGUCAUCGACAUCGCGUGCCACAGAUAGUUCUGCGGAUGUAAAUGUAUCAGCUUAUUCAAGUUCUCUGAAUUCUAAAUCUUUUGCGCGGACUUUUUUAGAUAUAGCUACUCAAACCAGCUCACCCAAAGUUCAUCGUCCAUUAUCCCCACCCACGUCACCCAAAUCUAAAACGCCUAACAUCUUCAAUCUGAAUAGACGUGGUAGUAUUAGUAAGUCUGGUCGACCAAUGAUAAACAUGCCUCCAGCUGUGAUGAAUGACCCAUCUGCUAAUUCAACUCCCUUGUCUCCAAAAUCACCGAAAACCACUUCACCUAAACGUCAAAGGAGAUUUAGUUUUCAAGCUGUUUCUUCAAAAUUAUUAUUUGGAUCAACUAAUACAUCAUCUUUAUCUUUCCCGACUAUUGAAGAAAAGACGGAUACUAAUUUGUCCAAUUCAGUUGUCAUUGAUGAAGAUGCUUUAAACAGAUUAUGCGACGUAUUACCACACGCAGACAGGGAUGUCUUGAUAAAAUAUUUGCGUGCAGCAGGUGGAAAAGAUGAUUUAAUCGCU